CGCGCCAAAUUUCUUCUCUAUCCGGGAAUUCUGGUACUGUGCAUAGCAUCGCCGACCUUCCCCGCAGUAUCCAGAAGUACCUGGGUACCCUUUAGCUUUUUUUCUUUUUGCGUGAGCAUUCUCACCAGCAAGACACAAUGCAAGCCGUCCACAGGCAAUUUGGGAAGUUUAUGAAACGGUUGCCCGACGACAGUCAAGUCUCGGUGCUUCUGAAGGACUUUGACGAUGCUGAUCAGCUACUGGGACGAAUCAUUGACUCGUCGCAAGCCUGGCGUGACGCAUGGACGUCUAUUUUGACCUAUCAGUCCCGACUGGUCGCUGAAUUCGAAGGCCUAUACGCGCCCGUGGUUGGAUCUUCUGAAAGUACCACGGAGAGGGAACCGGUUCCGACUCCCGAGAAGACGCUGGCGAGGACAACCAAGCUGCGUGAGGAAUAUGAAGAUCUUCGGAAAGAUUUGUUGGAGGUCGUCAAUUCUGUCGACGAUAGGAUGAUCAGACCGGCCUCGCAGGCUAAAGACUACCUGACUCCGAUGAAGAAGACGAUCAAGAAGCGGGAAGAUAAAAAGCUGGAUUUCGAGCGAUAUCAGAGUCGGCUCGAUAAUUCCCGCAAAAAAACAAGGCGCUCAGAUCGUGAGAAUGCUGCAUUGGCAAAGACAGAGGCGGACUGGGCCAAAGCGAAAGAUAUCUACGAUGCCGCAGACGAUAACCUGCGACAGCACCUACCAGGGAUUAUCUCAGUCACCUUCUCACUGAUUCCCCAGCUCCUGGCGGCGCAGAUUGAGAUCCAGAACACCCUGCUCGCUCACUGUUACACCUCACUCCAUAAUUAUUGCGGAGAGGAAGGAUUCCCAUCUCCGCCAGCUGAGAUGGAUCAGAUCAUCCAAGUCUUCGAAAUGGACUUCCUUCCCGUCCAGCAGCAGAUAGAAAGCCUUAGCUGCAUCGCCAAGGUUAAAAGCCGGCAACAGUCCGCUCAUGGUCGGGAGAGUGCGCAUGGGAAUGGCCUGAACUCGCGUCGUCCGAGCAGUCACGCGGAGAGCAAACCUGCUCUGUCAUCUAUGCCAUCAUCUCUGCCAGCCGGCGCGCGCAUCCCUCCGUCGCCAUCCUACUCGACGAAGCCACGCAUCAACAACAGUCCCUCUCCUUCUGCAUCCACCUAUCUCACACCGGCGAGCUCCGUCGCAGACUCGGAUUACUCGAACUAUCAGUCCACCCCCGCCUUGUCGCCCGCAGGACCCGCCUUCUCGCCUGCAGGUCCCAAGUCAGAUUACUUCGCCCGGGAUCGACAGCCUUCAACAGCCACUAACGGAUCUUCUGGAUCUGCUGCAUUUCUCAGUCCUGGGGCAGGUACGAAUGUUAUGGGUAUUGUGAAGAAGAAGCCUCCGCCACCGCCGCCUUCUAGAGCUGCUUCCUCGCCUGCUAUAUUCGUCACGGCCCUCUACGACUUUGGAGGCCAAGGUGCAGGAGAUCUUGCAUUUAGAGCAGGCGAUCAGAUUCGUGUGCUCAAGAAGACUGAGAGUACGGAUGAUUGGUGGGACGGCGAGCUUCGAGGCGUAAAAGGGAGCUUUCCGGCGAAUUAUUGCGAGUAAUACGAUACCUACUCUGAAUGUCCUAGGCUGGGUCAGGAUAUAUGUUGUUGCAUUGGUCAUUGCAUUCAGAGAAUAUCUGAGUUAGCUCAGGGAUACACGCUCUAACUAGUUAAUAUUGGUCGGUCGUUAUGUAAUUUCACGAGAGGAUUUCGUGGCUCCAUGAUAUAUGCUAUGGAUGUCAAUGGGGUAAUGGUAAUAAUUUAUGAAGCAAACCAAUAUGAGAUGACAGAAAGACCCACCGAAUACCGCAUGCUUGACCUGUGUUGCUUUGUACCAAAUUCCACAAGUAUCGCCGAAACUUCGAAAGCUAGAUGGGA